AUGAGCAGAAAUAAAGAUACGAUAAAGAGUGUGCUUCUCGGCUCAAGCAUCACUGCUUUAGCAGGCGCUACUACAGGUGCAACCAUUGCCGUUUUAAAAAACGCCCCUGUCAAGCAAUACACGAUCUCAACAGGACUCAAUUGUGGUGUGUUUGGUGCCACCUUUUUCUGUGAGUUGUUUUCCUCAUUCUUGAGAAUCGAGUGA